AUGAGGAUCGCUUGCCUCCAAUUUGCGCCGCAGGUGGGGGACAUCGACAACAACCUCAAUCGUGCGGACUCGGUACUUGCCAAAGCCAAUCCAGAGGAUCUUGAAGGAUUGGACUUGCUCGUUCUGCCGGAACUGGCAUUCACUGGUAUACCUCUGGUUCCUGUUCUGCUCCACAACAAAGCUGAUUUUGGAUCAGGUUACAAAUUCGAAUCUCUGCAACACAUCUCACCAUACCUUGAGCAUGCUGGCUCGGGGAUCAGCUCACUAUGGGCUCGAACCACCGCCCUCAGAUUCAACACCACGGUAGUUGUCGGAUAUCCCGAAAAGGUGGACGUGAGCCCUCGAUGGCCAACCUCUCCGGAGUACUAUAAUUCUUCCAUCGUUGUCGAUGGGGACGGGCAGACGAUUGCGAACUAUAGAAAGUCGUUCCUCUACGCUAUAGACGAGACUUGGGCGUUAGAAGGCAAAGAUGGCUUCUUUCACGGUGACCUCCCUGGCCUGGGCCGGACCGCUAUGGGAAUUUGUAUGGAUCUGAAAUUUGAAGCUCCUUGGCAUGCUUUCGAAUUUGGUUUCCAUAUUAUCGAAGUGCAGGCGAACCUGGUCAUCAUCAACAUGGCAUGGUUAACUCGAGAAGAGGGCCGCAUGUUCAGCCGAAUGCCUGCAGAACCUGAUAUGGAGACCCUGACUUAUUGGGUCCAGCGACUUGAACCGGUCAUUCGCGCGGAAGACGAGCACGAAACCAUCGUCGUCUUUUGUAACCGCACCGGCUUCGAAGAUGAUGCCGUCUAUGCUGGCACCAGCACAGUACUUGGCGUCGUGGAUGGCGAAGUUAACGUAUAUGGCAUCCUGGGCCGAGGCGUCAAGGACCUACUUGUGGUCGACACAGACGACGCUCCUUUCGCCAAACUGGUGCAGCGAUCGGAAGGAGACACUGAUACAUCAUCCGUGGCUAGUAGUCGUCGUAAGCCGGGAAAGGCCUCAAGAGAAAAGCCACCAAGACCGACAGCCACCGCAGAACAGACUUCUGCGAUACCAAGAGGGCAAAGGAAACUAACCCCUACACCAAGUGCUUCUACAAAGCCCAAGAAGCCAAAGCCCAUGUCUCCAAGGAUUCAUAUACCGGAAAGGAGCUUUUCCAGACAGCAUUCUGCCACUCACAGCACGCCCAUUGAGGAGAGCCCGGGCGUCGCAACGCCUACCUGUCCCAGCCCCACGCCUUUCUCUGAUAGACCGUUGGUUAACGGUCUUGGAGGCAGACCGACCAAAGAGCACGCAAACACACCUUUGCCUUACGACGACUACGAUAUGCACAGUUGGGGUGGCCAAAUUUCAGUCGAUCAACCGACUCCAAGCACGGCAUCCCCAGGUUCCGAGCACUUGAGCGAGAAGUAUUUUUGGUUGCCCACACAGAGCGCCUUGAAAAGUCCAAUGGAGAUGAAAUUUCCUCAACACUACCCACCUCCUUCACCCACCGCGGUGCUACCGACCCCGAGCUCACUUAUCAGGCUACCUCAAACAGAACGCCAUGCAGUCAGAACACCACUCCCCAUCAAAGGGGCGCCAUCUUCCAUGUCUGUCCAAAGCGACAAAUCAAGCCAGUCGGGACGACUUGGACGUCAACAGGCAAAGACGCAAAGCUCAAAGGAUGAUGCGAAGCAUGAAGAUGGUGCCGCGCCACUACGACCUUCCUCGCCCAAGUCUCGCAAUGCCAGCCGAACAGGAAGGCCUCUAGAUCGUCAAACUUCCGAUAUGGAGCAGCCUGAUAUUUCAGACAUGAUCGACAAACUGGAGUCUUUUGUAAGAAGGCCUGGGUCAGCGAUGGAUUCGCGUCCCAGUGACUUUGAACAACCACGCCAAGGAAGACCUCGUUCCCCAAAGUCUCGUAAUGCGAGCCGCACAGGGCGACCAAUCGAGACGCCGCAACUUGAUGGCAGGGCCGGAAACGUGUCACAUACUGGGUUUCCAUUAACGGCCAGCCCCGGCGUCUUCUCGGAGGCCACAGCCCGGCCCCAUGCCGACAUCUUCAUGAAGGAUGAGGCGCCAGCAAGUCGCGGCACUUUUGACCAAAGUACGAUCAGACCCUGCCCCCGGGCUGGUGCCCAGUCGAGGAACAGGUCAUCUAGUGGAGCAGGCUUCAGCCAUUCACACUCCCGAUCUGGUAGUACUUCGCGUGCGAGCCAAGAUGCCGAACCUCACAUCGAGCCUGACGAUACCAGGACUCUGGUGUGGUCUGAGCUCUCCAAGAUUGUUGGCGAGGUGUUCGAUCGUCCUCAGUCGCGCAACGCAAGUCGUGGAAGACAGCCCGAACCGAGUCGUGCCACAACCGCCGACGGACCGAUGCUGAACAGGACCACACGGUCCGAGAGUCGAGGGCCACAAGCUGUCCCGCGCAUGGAUCAGCGUUUCGCCUCCCAGGACCGACGUGGAGUCGCCGGACCUGCAGACAUCAGGACCAUCCCGGCGCCAAAUGUUGUUAAUGGCUCCUCCGUACCUUACAACUCUGACGACGAGAUCGUGGCGGAAAUCAUCUUCCAUUCACAAGGUUGUCCUACUCGCAGCCAGAUCAACGGUCAGGGGCAGUCCACGCCUAGUCAAGCAGGCAACCCGACAAGCCCGCCAUGUAUUCCAAGACGUCCAUCCAGCCAAGAAAAGGGCAACAACUCGCGCCUGAGCCAGCGCAAGAACAGCACUCCACAAUCCAACAACCUACAGAGGCAGGGCUCCUGGCCGCCUAGGCCUCCUCACGACAGACGAGCUCCAUCCCAUAACUCCAACGACGAGAUCGGCAUCUACAAGGCCCCAGCUCUAGCCCCGCUGAACACAAAGGGCCGCACAGAGUCGAGCGACUCGUGCCCGACCAUGGAUGGCGCGUCCAUCCACACGAUCACGACGCCCAAGGACUCGCCCGCGACGCCGCCAACCAGGUUCUUCGAGCCGACGACGCCCAAGGCCAUGAAGCUCCAUCCGGACUUCGGCACCAUCCUCACGUCCACCUCUGACCCUGCAUCUGGCGGCGGCGGUGGCUUCCCCAUGGACGCCCUUAGCAAUGAGCUGCUGGGCAUUGGCUUAGCCAGACCGAGAAGUGCGGUCUGGUAG